CAUAACAUUAUUAUUGCACGACAGAGCUACAUCGAAGCAACAUCGUGUUGAAAUCGAAGUGAGGAAAUUGCCGCAUUAUACAGAAAUCUUGAACAUUUUCUCAAGGAUUCUUACUUGAUCUCCCACACAACCAAGCAUCAUGCGUGAAUGUAUCUCAGUCCAUGUCGGCCAGGCCGGAGUCCAGAUGGGCAAUGCCUGCUGGGAGUUGUACUGCCUGGAGCACGGCAUCCAGCCUGAUGGUCAGAUGCCAAGUGACAAGACCAUCGGAGGUGGAGACGACUCCUUCAACACCUUUUUUGCCGAGACCGGGGCUGGCAAGCACGUGCCCCGUGCCGUCUUUGUCGACUUGGAGCCCACUGUUGUUGAUGAGGUACGAAGAGGUACCUACCGCCAGCUCUUCCACCCUGAGCAGCUCAUCACAGGCAAAGAGGAUGCCGCCAACAACUACGCAAGAGGUCACUACACCGUCGGCAAGGAGCACAUUGACCUUGUCCUAGACAGACUUCGAAAGCUCGCUGACCAGUGCACCGGUCUUCAGGGUUUCCUCAUCUUCCACAGCUUCGGUGGUGGUACCGGCUCUGGCUUCACAUCUCUGUUGAUGGAGCGUCUCUCUGUAGACUACGGCAAGAAGUCCAAGCUGGAGUUUGCUGUCUACCCCGCCCCUCAGAUCUCCACAGCUGUAGUAGAGCCUUACAACUCCAUUCUCACCACUCACACAACCCUUGAGCACUCCGACUGUGCCUUCAUGGUCGACAACGAGGCUAUCUACGACAUCUGUCGUCGCAACCUCGACAUUGAAAGACCAACCUACACUAACCUUAACCGUCUGAUCGCGCAAAUCGUGUCCUCCAUCACUGCCUCCCUUCGCUUUGAUGGUGCCCUCAACGUCGACUUGACAGAGUUCCAGACCAACUUGGUGCCCUACCCACGUAUUCACUUCCCUCUUGCCACCUACGCACCAGUCAUCUCUGCUGAGAAGGCCUACCAUGAGCAGCUGAGUGUAGCAGAGAUCACCAAUGCCUGCUUCGAGCCGGCCAACCAGAUGGUGAAGUGCGAUCCCCGUCACGGCAAGUACAUGGCCUGCUGCCUCCUGUACCGUGGUGAUGUCGUCCCCAAGGAUGUCAACGCUGCCAUCGCAACCAUCAAGACCAAACGCUCAAUCCAGUUCGUCGACUGGUGUCCAACUGGCUUCAAGGUCGGCAUCAACUACCAGCCACCUACCGUGGUGCCAGGUGGCGAUCUGGCCAAGGUGCAGCGUGCCGUCUGCAUGCUGAGCAACACCACAGCCAUCGCUGAGGCCUGGGCUCGUCUGGAUCACAAGUUUGAUCUGAUGUACGCCAAGCGUGCCUUCGUCCACUGGUACGUAGGAGAGGGUAUGGAGGAGGGCGAGUUCUCUGAGGCUCGUGAGGAUCUGGCUGCCCUGGAGAAGGACUACGAAGAGGUCGGGGUCGACUCCGCUGAGGGAGAAGAGGAAGAUGCUGAAGAAUAUUAGAUGUGGCACAGAUUCAACCCAAGCAUCAACCCAAACAUUUAAACUCAAGUACAUUGCAUCACAAACUCAAACAUAGAGCACAUGGUAACGGAGUCACUAAUAAAUAUCUUCACAAGAUGUGUUCCAUGCUUCACUCCAAUAUUUAAAUGCCCUGGGGUGGAUUUCACAAAGAGUUAGGACUAUCUUAGUCUUAUCUCCAGUUAGGACCAAUUACUCGUCCUUAC